AAGAUUUUGUAAUUUAAUAAUAACUUCAUUCAAUUGUCUUUUGAGAAAGCAUGAAUCCCACUUUCUGUUAUUUCUGUAUCCUUUUUAAAUUAACUGCUUCAAUCUGUAUCCAGAUGUUCCUGUGAAGGUGCUUGGAAUAUUCCCCCAGAGAAACGAGAGAAGCAUUUUAUGGAAGCUCAUAUACGCCAUCUUUGAGCGCACUUCUGUAUUCCGUUAUGGCCGAGUGCAGUUAGUCAUGUUCAUGAGUGAAAAGGCGUAUUUGAAACUUGUGGCUCAACCAGGAAAUCUUAAAAAAUACCAGUCAUUGAGUGUAUUAUGGCAGAUUGCUUGUGAUAUCAAGCUGAUACAAAAGGUGCCAAUGAGUUCUUUUGUGAUAUCUUCCAAGGGACAUGGUACCCCUGUCAAAAAUACACAAUUUCCAGUUGACCACCUGUGCUUGGUUAGCUUGACCCCUCACCCAAACCUUUUCUCCAGUGACCUCACCCAUGCCAAUGGAGCGGCCUUAAUCAUGAUGGUGAAGCAGUGCAUGACUAAGAAGAAAACCCAACUGAUUGACCAUCUGAUAGCAUGGAGUCCAGAAAAUGGGUCAAAGGUGCUGACUGACCUGGAUUUGCUAGAAGACAUACAGACAGGAUAUGUGUUUCCUGAAGAAUACAGAAUUGUGUUUGAAAGUCUGCAUCAGACUAAAGAAUUCAAGCAGAGUUGGAUCUACAAUGAAACUUUAAACACUGAAACAACAACAACCAUUGUGUAACUUAACUAAGACAAAAAGUUGAAACCACCUUUUCAAGAUGGAUCACUUAAAAUGAUCUGGGUUGGAAAAUAUCGACGCAGCCGACGGCAGGAGUGCAGGGGCCUGUAUCACAAAGCAGGACUUCAUGCCGGAUAACUUGUUGGGUUUAAGCUACCGCAGUUUAAAAGGACUUUAUCUCUGUUCACUUGCAUUUAACCCAGACUACCUUAAAUCCGACAAGUUAUCUGACUCCGCAAGAAAUCCUGCUUCGUGAUGCAGGCCCCAGCUCUAUUGAUUAUUGGUUAUUUGAAUCUGAACUUAUUUCCCAUUGGUAAAGAGAAGUUGCUUCUGAAGGAACGAAUAAUAAUCUUGUAAUGCUAAUCUUAAAGUUAUAAAGUGCCAAAAUGCUAUUUAUUUUAGAAAUGUAAGUAAAAUAUGGCUUAAAAGGUUCACACGAUGAAAUUAUUUGAAAUAUAUGCUUGAGAAAAUGUUCAUCUAUAAAUUUACAUGAAUAUGGCAUGUGGUAUUUUAAAGCAUUUUCAGUGCAUAAAUAAUGCACUGGUUCUUUGUGCAAAUGAUGUGUACUAUAUCAACGUCAUUCUGUGAUAUUGCUAUACAUUAAGGAGUUUUAUUCUGCUAAAAUUGUUCAUGUUUAAUACUAUAUAAAUUAGUAUGUGACAUUUUAAAUAGUUUCACCUUGUAUUUGGCAUCAUAUAUUGCUUUUCUCUUUGGAGUUCCAUCAGUAAUGGUGCACCAUCAAGUAGUUAUUCUGGUCCAGGCUGAACUGGACCAGUCUGGGUGUGGAGGGAAGGUGCUGGUAGUGGGUCAGUAGAGGUCCAUUCAGGAUGUUUCGUAAGGGAAAAUUGAUGAUGAGCUACAGAUACAGGCAGAGGUGGAAGGUUCCAAUUCAGAAAGUACAAAUCCAGACCAAGAUUUUGUUUCAACCAACCAGUUGAGUAUAAAGAGUCACAUUGACUAGUUGGUUGAAACAAAACACUGUUAUCUUUGUUACACAUAGGAUAAAAUUUGUCCUCUUUUGAACUCUGAUAUGUCUUCCAUUAUGCUGGUUUGAUGAAGACAAAGCGAUUUCUCAAAGCCAAUUUUUGUGAAUGCCUAUGUUUAUUGCAUUACGUAUUUGUGCAGGCACGCAGCUGUAUUCAGUAGUUUCAGUGCUUCUUAAAUGUUACCGGCUCUACAUUACCCAGAGAUCUUUGCUCUGGCGCAUGAGGGUGACGUUCACGACUCAUGGCACCGCUGGGGUUGAAACAAGUGGCGAUCGAACUGCUGUUUCAAUGUCAUGUACACAAGUAAAGGACAGAAUGAUGUCCUAGGUUAAACAAUAGCAACAGGAUUUCAACGGAUAUUACCAUCCCGACGUUAUAGCUCUUCCCAACAAUGUCAUCUCAUGGCCCCAGGCUACUGGUGAAGGGAAUACGGAGCACCAUUGGCUGCUUGCAGACUAUUCAUGAUCUCAGGCCGUCUGCAUGUAUACGAAUCGUCACUCAUGCCCACAAAAGAACUUACUACUUGGACUCGGCCUGUGGAGGCGCUGGGCAGACUCAGUCUCAGCAGAGUAAAGCGGAGCUCAUCUCAGCAGCUCCAGGGCUCUCGCAGAGGAACCUGUCUGCUGCAGCUGGGUCGCUGAAAAGCCAGUGCCGCCCCAUGUCUAGAUACGACUUCCUCGACCCGGAUGAGGUAGAGGAAAACACACGUAAGGCACUGGCGUGCAAAAACCUGCGACACUUCAUUGUGGAUCCGGAUUUUGCCCAGUUGGUGGCAGAUCACCUGAAAGGAGACCUGACAGAGAGGAACGCUGCCAUCUUCGAGUGCAAUCCUGGCCCAGGGGUACUGACACGGGCUCUGCUGAAUUCUGGGGCACAGAGGGUCAUUGGUCUGGAGAGUGAUAAGAGCUUCCUUAAAGAUCUGCAAGCUUUGGAGAGCAGACUAGAUGGGCAGCUGGAGGUGGUGCACUGUGACUUCUUCAAGCUGGACCCCCUCGGACAGGGCACCAUGAAGCCCCCGUCCAUGUACUCUGACAAGCUCUUCAAUGACCUGGGCAUCUCUGAAGUUCCAUGGACUGCUGAUGUUCCAGUGAAGGUGAUGGGAAUCUUCCCCCAGCGGAAUGAGAGGAGCAUUUUGUGGAAGCUGGUCUAUUCCCUUUUUGAGCGCACGUCAGUUUUCCGCUAUGGCCGUGUGCAAUUGGUCAUCUUCAUGAGCGAGAAGGAGUAUUUGAAACUGGUUGCUUCUCCAGGGGAUCUGAAGAAGUACCAGCCCCUUGGGGUGCUGUGGCAGAUGGCCUGUGACAUCGAGCUCCUCCGCAAGGAACCAUGGACGACUUUUGUGACCUCAGCAAAACGUAGUUCUUUGACAGCCCAAAAAACGAAGCUCCCGAAUGACCACCUGUGCCUGGUAAGGCUGACCCCCCGCCCAAGCCUUUUUUCCGGGAAUCUUACCCCUGCCAACGGGGCGACCCUAAUCAUGAUGGUCAAGCAGUGCUUAACUAAGAAGAAAGCCCUGCUCAUUGACCAGUUAAACUCAUGGUCUCCUGAAAGCGGGGCAAAGGUGCUUAAUGAGCUCGGUCUACUAGAGGACAUCCGGACAGGACACGUUUUCCCAGAAGAGUACAAAAUCCUGUUUGAAAGUCUGCACCAGUCCAAGGAAUUCACCCAGAGCUGGCUGUACGAUGAGACCUUAAACACUCAGACCUCAGUCGUCCUGUAAAUUGUUUUAAGGGGUGAAACCUUUGUGAGCUCCUCUCAAGAUCAAGGGUAUCCUAAAAGCAGAGGGUGACUCCUGGAUGCAGUAGGUCAGUGCUGCCUGUACAUUACAGUAGGUCAGUGCUGCCUGUACAUUACAGUAGGUCAGUGCUGCCUGUACAUUACAGUAGGUCAGUGCUGCCUGUACAUUACAGUAGGUCAGUGCUGCCUGUACAUUACAAAUCAUGAAGCUCUCCUUCACAGGCAAGGUCUUCACUGUCCAGCACUUGAAAUAAAAUAAGCAAACAGUUGUCGAUCUACUGUAAACUUUCUACAGAAUUCCUUAACAAACAUUGAAAUACGGCUAGUUCUGUCCCCUUAUGUGAUGCCCUAUGUUUAAUUACAAUUUUUAUAUAUAAUGGAUAUGUACAUAGUGUAUUUGGAAAUCAUGCUGCUUGAUAAUAAGCCAUCGGAAUGAAAUGAUGCUGUUUACCUUAUAACAGGUUCUUUGUGUAAUAUAAUAGUUACUGAAUUAUAGUCAAAGAAAAGUUACAAGAUGUUCUGUAAUGUAUCAGCAGUUUUAGUAUUUCAUCAGGAUUCUGUCGAUAAUGUUAUACCACUUCAAUUUUGUUCACCAUUCGGAAGCUUGUCCUCUGGUAAUAUGCAAUAAUAUGAGUCUCCCUCGAUAUGGACAUUUAAAGAAAUUAUUUGUAAUAAAUAAUUAAAUCUCGUCACGGCACAGUUUGGACUGUGCCACCACUA